CUGGCGCCCGCCUCGGUCAGUCAGGCAGCUGCUGUUCUUCACACAUACACACAAGAGACAGACACACAGGUCUGAAUGGUGAAAGGAAGGUAAAAGCGGCUACAGAAUCGCCUUUUACAGCGGAAUGUUCACUCGAAGGGGUUAUGGAGACGUCAAGAAAUCUACACAGAAAGUUCUGGACUCAAAGAAGGAUGUUUUCACGCGUCUGAAGCAUCUUCGCGCGCUGUUAGAUAUUACUGACAGAAAUGAACUGAAGACAUUUUUUGAAACCAACUGCUCACAGAUUUAUUUUAUCUUCUAUGAAAAUUUCAUUACACUGGAAAGUAACUUAAAGCAAAAAGGGAACAAAUCUCAACGGGAGGAGCUGGACUCCAUCCUCUUUAUUUUUGAAAAAAUUCUGCAACUUCUACCUGAGAAAAUCAACAGUCGAUGGCAGUUUCACAGUAUAGGUUCUAUACUCAAAAAACUUUUGCACACUGGAAACUCUUUCAAGAUCCGCUGUGAGGGCAUUCGUCUGUUCCUGCUCUGGCUGCAGGCUCUGCAGAGUAACUGUGCUGAAGAGCAGCUCCUCAUCUUCGCCUGUCUGAUCCCAGGAUUCCCUGCUGUACUCUCAUCCAGAGGACCCUGCACACUGGACACCAUCAUAUACAACCCCUUUUCCAACCCGCCCGACGCCAAGAUUGUGCCGGAGGAGAUCACCCCACUGGUGCCUGCGCUUCCCGGAGAGAAGGUGGCAGAAGACCACACCUGCUCUGUCCUCCAGAUUGUGCUCAAGGUCAUGGUUCUCCAGGCAUCCAGCCUGGACUGGAAAAACAAAGAGAGCCAGGACAUGGGCUUUAGAUUUCUCUUUUCCCUGUUCAAGAAGUACUACCUGCCUCACAUUUUCCCUUCUUUCACAAAACAAACCAACCUCUACAAGCCACAGUUAGAUCUUCCCCUUCACAGACCAAAGCCCCUGUACGUCCGUGUGACUCGUAACAGUGAGAGCACAUACUGCACUAGGGAUCAGUAUCUGGCUCCUCGCGUGGCCUUCAUCACGUGGCUCGUUAACUUCUUCCUGGAGAAGAAGUAUGUGAACUCGGCCACGAGCAGCUCUAAGAACGGAGGAGAGGUGCUUCCUAAGAUCAUCCAGACUGUGACUGCGGCUGGGAUCAGUCAGGAGAAGAGCACAGACUCGGAGCCCGACGGUCCUGUGGACCAGGAGAAGAGUCACUCGAACAGCAGCACGCUGUCGGACCGCCGGGGCAGUAACUCCAGUCUGUGUAGCAUCGAGGAGGAGCAUCGCCCCGUCUACGACAUGGUGCAGUCCAUCCUGCUCUCCACACGAGACAACAUCAAUUUCGUCAACGAGGUCUUCCAUCAGGCUUUCCUGCUGCCGGCCUGUGAAGCUUCUGCCACUCGCAAGGUGAUCAAAGUCUACCGGAGGUGGUUUCUGCAGGAAAAGCCCAAUUUCAUGGCUGAUCCAGAGACGACAAGCCCGGAGGAAGAUGGAGAGGAAGAGCACCUCAUAUCUCAGACGGACAGUGCACACGUGCAGGUCUUGGAGACUCAUGGACACAAACGCUCGUCCAGUUGGGGGCGCACUUACUCCUUCAGCAAUGCCAUCAGCAGAGGCUGUCUGACUGAAGAACAGAAGCAGGACGUGAAAGCGGGCGUCCAGCCCACCCUCCAGGUGUUCCUGACAAACUCUGCCAACGUGUUCCUGUUGGAGCCGUGUCAGGAUGUGCCCAAGCUGCUGGAGAACCAGCUGGAGGUGUGCAGAGCUGUGCUCAGCGUCUACCGUCACAUUAUCAUGGAGCAGAACAUGAACCGCCCCACCUGGGAGCAGUUGCUGCAGGUGUUGCUGAGGAUCGCAGAAGCAGUGAUGAAGAGGCCACAGGAGAACCAAAGGAAAGACACGUUCGCCCACAGCCUGGCCAGCAUCCUCUUCAAAACGAUCUUCGUGGCGUGGGUUCGGUCAAACCUGAGCGUGUUCAUCUCUCGUGAGCUGUGGGACGAUCUGCUGGCUGUGCUGUCCUCUCUCAGCCACUGGGAGGAGCUGGUGUUCGAGUGGGCCAGCAUCAUGGACUCUCUCACUGCAGUACUGGCCCGUCACGUCUACGGCCUGGACCUCCACAACCUACCGCUCGACAAACUCUCAGAGCAGAAGGAGAAGAAGCAGCGGGGCAGGGGAGGGAUGCAGGACUCCCAGAAGUCCACAGAUGCAGCGCGGCCGUUCUCCUUGAGCUGGAGGAGCUCUGGAGAUCAGGUGGGCGCUCAGGAGCCCAUGAGGUUUCGCAGUGCCACCACCACUGGAGCUCCUGCUGUGGAGAAAGCUCGCAACAACGUCAGGCAGAAAGCUUCAGCUAAGCGAAGUCAGUCUAUCAGCAACUGUGUGCAUCUCUGUGAGGCUUUGCCGGCCACUAAGAGUGUGCCCAUGCUGCUCCACACUGUCAGCUCUUUCUUACCUGGUAUCUCUCACAACUCUCACUGCUCUCACAGACUCUCAGAUGUGGAGGAGUGUCAGCUGUCUGAAUGUGAGAUGGGGGAUGGAGACAGUCCUCUGCCCCGCAGCAGCAGCACCUCUGACAUCACACAGCAGAUCACAGACACCUUCCCAGGUCAGAAGAGAGAUGAGUCUGUGUCAGAGAGCAGCUCUACAGGGAAGAGAGAGAGCGAAGCUCCCACGAUUCUGAUCCAGCGGAGCAGCAGUCCAACAGAUCUGGAUUAUCCAGCAGAAUUAUGCAAAAUUAAACUGCGGGAGAAAAGUGAGAGUGUGAGCAGUGAGACGUCUAAUGGUUAUCUGAAGGAUGCUGCGGUGUGGCAUGCGGUCGAGGAGGACACAGUGAGCCAGAGGAGCCUCCAGCUCAGUCACACUGAAGCACUGGCAGGGUCUGAUUGUCCCCCAGUGUCUCCGGCUCUCCUCCUGCCUCAUGGCUGCUGUGAGGGCCCUCAGCUCCUGGAGGAUGCCGUGAAUGUGCCUCACCGUCUGGACAGCAGUGAGUUUCUGGCCGAUGACGUCAGCAUCAUCGCCGGCGGCAGCUUGACCGGUUGGCACGCCGACUCUGCCUUCGUCCUCUGGAGGAGGAUCUUGGGGAUUCUGGGGGAUGUGAACAGCAUCCACUGUGCCCGCAUCCACGCCAAGGUCUUCAGUUACCUCUACGAGCUCUGGCACAAGCUGGCCAAGAUCAGAGAUAAUCUCGGGAUCAGAGUGGAUGCAGACACAGCCGUGGCCAGACCCCUGUUCAUCCCUCCUCUGCGCAUGCUGGCCUCCUGGAUCUUCAAGGCUACCAUGCUGCCGUCAGAGUUCAAGGCUGGGAAGCUCCAGGCGUAUAAGCUGAUCUGUGAGAUGAUGACCAAGCAUCAGGACGUGCUGCCCAACAGUGACUUCCUGGUGCAUCUCUACCACGUCAUGCACAAAGGCUUCACCAGCGACGAUCAGGAUGUGUUGAACACCAUGAUUAGGUGGUGCUCCCCACGCUUCUUCUUCCUGGGUCUGCCGGGCUUCACCAUGCUGGUGGGAGACUUCAUCACCGCGGCUGCUCGUGUCCUCAACACUGACUCCUUUGAGGCUCCACGGGUCGAGGCUCAGACAGUUCUUGGUUCGCUGGUGUGCUUCCCUAACCUCUAUCAACAGAUCCCCUCUUUGCAGACUGUUCCUGGAUCCGAGGAUAUCGUAGUUGGCAAAGAGGACAUGAAGGACUAUCUUGUGAACAUCCUUUUGAAGACGGCUCGCAACGAGACAUGUGAAGGAGCCAGGUGUGUAGCGAUCUGCAGUCUGGGGCUGUGGGUGUGUGAGGAGCUGAGGCAGACAGAAACUCAUCCUCAGGUCACAGACGCCAUUAACGUCCUGGGCGUCACGUUGAAGUUUGGAAAUAAGGUGGUGGCCAAUGUGGCUUGUGACAUCUUUCAGCUACUGAUUUCUCACUGGCAGCACUUACAGAGACUGGAUCCGUCCCUUCCCAAAAGAAUUAUAGAGAUUUUUGUAGCAACCAUAGCAUUUCUUCUGCCCAGUGCUGAACACUCAGCGGUUGAGGCAGAUAAAAAGUUAAUGGUGUCUCUACUGCUGUGCCUGCUGGACUGGUGCAUGGCCGUACCCCUCUCCAUCCUGCUGGAGCCCAUCACUAUGCCAGUGCUGGAUGACCCCGCCUCGCAGAAAGCCCCUCUACUCGACUACAUUUACAGGGUGCUGCACACUUGUGUAUCAGGGUCUAAUCUGCACACUCAACAGAGUCACUACCUCCUCAGCCUUGCUGAUCUGUCGACAGACUAUGAACCCUUCCUUACUUUAGGCAAUGUCAAGAGCUUUGAACCAUCACCCAUACACAAUGCCAUGGGAGACUUCGGAAAUCUCCUCACUGUGGCUGAAGAAAAGAAAAGGAGAAGCCUGGAGCUGAUUCCUCUGACCGCUCGGAUGGUAAUGACACACCUGGUCAAUCAUUUGGGCCACCAUCCUCUCAGCGGUGGCCCCGCUCUCUUAAACAGCCUGGUCAGUGAGAACCACGACAACCCCUAUGUAGAGUCCUCCGAGCUCUCCUCUGAAGUCUUCAAAAGCCCCAAUCUGCAGCUCUUUGUCUUCAAUGACAGCACACUGGUCUCAUACCUGCAGAUCCCCUAUGACAGCUCCAGCACGACGGGGGCCAACCCGAGGGAUCAUUCCUCCGAGGUCCGUGUCAUCGUCAGGGACAUCUCAGGAAAGUACUCAUGGGACGGCGGCGUUCUGUUCCGCACUUUGGAUGGAGCUGGCUUGAGUUGCGCUGGCAGCAGAGAUCAGUUGUCACACAACGCCACACACUCUGAAAAGCAGGACUCUGUGUGCUCCGGUAAAUGCUCCUCUGAGCUGGAAGUGGAAGAUGGCGUGGAUGUGUUGGACCAGCUACUGGAAGACCUUGGCCACAGCAGUCCCGAGUGCCUGCCGCAGCCCCAGCUGAAGCUCACCCAGCCGCCCUCUCCACCCAUCGGCAUGAAUCCUGACAUGGAAGGGGUCAUCAUGGAUGCCAUCCACAGACAGGCCAAGCAGGAGGACGAGGAGCUGGCCCGGCUACAGACUGAAGACCCCAGCAUCAGAGCAGAGAGGCAGAGAGAGCCCACACACCACGAGCCCAAAUCUCCUUUUUACCUCUGCAGACUUCUCCUCAAUGACCUCGGCAUGAACUCAUGGGAUCGCAGAAAAAGCUUUCAUCUUCUAAAGAAGAACUCCAAGCUCUUGAGAGAGCUGAAGAAUUUGGACUCAAGGCAGUGUCGAGAGACACACAAGAUUGCUGUGUUCUACAUUGGAGAAGGCCAGGAGGACAAAUGCUCCAUUCUGUCCAACACGGAGGGCAGACAGGCUUACGAGGACUUUGUCUCUGGGCUGGGAUGGGAGGUGAAUCUGGCCACUCACUGUGGGUUUAUGGGUGGUUUGCAGAGAAACGGCAGCACAGGCAGCACAGCACCAUAUUACGCUACCUCCAACGUGGAGGUCAUCUUCCAUGUGUCGACUCGCAUGCCUUCUGACUCGGAUGACUCCAUCACCAAAAAGCUUCGUCACUUGGGAAACGAUGAAGUGCACAUCGUGUGGUCGGAGCACACGCGGGAUUACAGACGAGGAAUCAUUCCCACCGACUUCGGAGAUGUCCUCAUCAUCAUCUACCCCAUGAAAAACCACAUGUUCUUUGUUCAGAUCAUGAAAAAACCCCAGGUUCCUUUCUUUGGGCCUCUGUUUGACGGGGCGAUAGUGACUGGAGCGCUGUUGCCGAGUCUGGUGCGGGCCACGUGCAUCAAUGCCAGCAGGGCUGUGAAGUCUCGACUGCCGCUUUACCAGAGAUUUUAUGAGGAGAGGGCUCUCUACCUGGAGGCCAUCAUUCAGAACCACAAGGAGAACAUGACCUUUGAGGACUUCGCUGCUCAGGUCUUCUCUCCUUGCCCCAGCUACUGGCCAACGGGAGGUGCAGCAGGCAGGCGUUGGCCAGGGAUGGUUUGGGACAUGGAUUACUUCUGGGCCAAGCUGGACUGUUCCCUCAGCUGCAGCACGAGCACUGACCUCAGUGUUACUGUGAUGACCAAUGACUCCAGCGACCAGGUCUCGCCCACCAUACCCCGCGCCUCUAAGAACCGGGUUUCUGGAAAGCUCCGGCGCUCGGCCAGCGCCAUCAGCAAGUCCUCCAACUAAACACUUCCACCGGCCCCAGAAUGCAUUGUCCUUAAACUUUAGCAUUUGACCGUAAUGUUUUCCACCUGUCAUUUUUUUCCUUUUCGAAGCCAAGGAGCAGUGAAAGAUGCAACUGUUGUCGCAAACUUAUGUAGCUUCACCUGUAGCUUCACCUGUCGUGAAGAAAGAGAAACUGUUGUUAUGCUGAAGUAAAUCUUCAAAUGUGAAAUUCAUUGCAAUUUUCUAAAUAAUGCUGCAUUUGGACUGGAUUUACCCAUUUGGAUCUGCGACUGUCCCAAAAAUGUCCUUACGACAGAGUAGCAACUGAAUAAUACGAAACAUUUCAAAUACUCGGAGGCUUUAGAUAGUUUUUAAUAUGCUCAUUAUCCAGUUCUUUGAGCUUUUCUUCAUGUCAAACACUGAAAACCCAAUCACUGAUGCAUAUGGGAGAGACUCGUCCCAGCACUGAGAUGCACUUUUAAAUCAUCAAAAAAAAGAGUGAGUCUGCUUUUACUACUUUCAUAACAUCAGUGACGCCUGAAGGGCAACAGACUGCAAUGAAAACACGAUUUCUUUUGUUAUUGUGAGUUACUUUUAAGUGACUUGUUUGAUUAUUUUAUGGAACGUAUUUAUGCAACAUGCUGAAUCGAAAAGGCUCUCAUCGUUUGUAAUUCUGUCGAGGUGUAGCGUGAAUGUUAACCCUCUUCAUUUGAGAAUUGAAGGUCUCCCAUUCCUGUCAUGGAAUUCUACUCCAACAUUCCAAUGAUUUUGCACUCGCCCGGUGGUAAAGAUGCAGUAGAUCCAUGUUUGUUCCUUUCUUCCCUCUGUAAUUGGAUGUACAUUGCUUUUAUUUUGAUUUGAUUAUAUAUAUGUUGUCACGUUGUGUGUGUAUAGAUAAAUAUAUAUAUAUAUAUGGAGAAAUAUCUGCCAUCACACUAUUCCUGACUCAACGGAGGGAAAGCCUCCAGUGCCUCAGGUGACGCUGAUGCCUGCACAGUGCCUGUGUAAUACCUGUCCAGAUUUUUGGAGUUUAGGGUUUUCUUUGGGGUUUCUUCCGUUGUUUAAUUGAUCUCACACUUUCUAAAUGGAGAGCAGCGUGUUUUCUCAAUGAGUCGUACAGUUCACUGGAGUAAACUGAAUGAGAUUGCCUGUGUUUUGUGAGAGCUGCUUCUGUCUGAUUAGAUGCUGGAUGGGGGAUCUUUUCCAGAUGCUUCCCUGAUUCCCGGGUGCUUCUCCGAGUGCCCUUUACCGUAGCAGCAGCAUGCCAGCGCUUCUCUCCCUCUCUCUCUCUCUCCCUCUCUCUCUCUCUCCUGCCAACGCCCUGGCUCCCCUCUCUGUUCCCGUAGAGACCCGUCCUGGUUGUCAUGGAGGCCAGGUGUUGCACACGCUACAGGCUCCGCCCAGACUGCAACAGGACACACGUUGCACACCUUUGCCUUACCUGAACACUUGUCUUUGCCUCGCUUCGCCUGAUACUUUUUCUCUCUUCCAAAUGCUCUGAAUGAGAAACACUGAUGAAUGUAUGCAGACCGACAGCCCAGAUUCCACCUGAAUCUAAAUCUCAACUCCGAUGAUGCGGAUUGGAAAUGGGCUUUUAGUUGAAAAUACUGCAACUGGCCUAAAUUCUAAUUAUGACAUGUUCGUUGUAGGCUUAGUUGUUAGCUUUGUAUAUUGUCUAUUUUUCUUUUCUCUUCUUUGAAUGUUCUAAAUUCUGAAGGGUAUAAAUAUAUUAAUGCCUGUAAUAUAAUCUUUGUAUAAGACAUUGAAGCUUGAAGAUUUUGUCAUGACUUAUUAACAUAUCAGACCGUUUUUAAUAGAAGUAAUCACUUUAUCUUUACUAGAAAUGUGAAGAAAUCAAAACAAUUGAUUAAAUGGAUUUGAAGGUCAUGUUUAUAUGCAUUUGGUUGGUCUGUUUUUUUAUCAUUGUUUCAUGAUUUAUGGGUCAUUGCUGUGUCCUGGUCUGCAAUUUUAUAUUUCAUUUAAACUGUAUUUCUAUGUGUUGAAAUUAACAGCAUUUUUACAAAUUUAACAAAUGAGCGAAUGCUGGAACAUUUAAUUUGUACUGAAAAUUUUUUUCAUAAAAAUAAGCUUUUGGAGAAUAUAUAUAUAUAAUAUUAUAUUAUAUCUAUGUGUGUGGUGCAGGAUUUGCUUAAAGAGUUUUCACUCUGAAAUUUCUAGUAAGUUUGAAUUCUAGAAAUUGAAGUAGUUUUUUUUUUUUUUUUUUUUUUUUUUUUUUUCUUGGAUAAAAUAUUUUCCAGUACUGUUUGUUUCAAUUACAAAAAAAAAAAAAAAAAGUGUUUCAUUGUACUGCAAAUUUUUUUUUUUGAAAUCUUGAAGUAAAUGGCUACUACCCAGUUACAAUAACUAAAAUAGACACGCAUAAAAUGUAUGCUUAAAUGUUUAUUGUUGAAUAAAAAGUUAAAUAAUUAUA